AUGGCUCCCCGUGCAGCUCCCAGCGCUUCUCGUGGCCGUGCUCGUGUUCCUCCUGCCCCCCGUACAUCUAGUGCGGCUCUGCGAGCCCCCACGGAAACCCCCACGCAAGCGCCUGAAGAUAAGAAGAAGUCCUCCUCUCAACAAAAUGCAGGAGAUGAAUCUGAUCAUGAAUCCGACUCCUCUCAGCCGACCACAGCUGAGUAUGAUUCCGAUUCCGAUUCCGAUUCUUUGCAGCAGGUCACAGCUGCACCCACGACAACCGCUAUAAAUGAGCUACUGUUGGCGCCGGAGUUUGUCCACGGGACCCUCCCACCGCCAAAUCGCUAUCAAGCUGGACAUUUACCGCCCAUGACUACCCUCGAGGAGAUCUUUACUGAUCUCACCCAAAAGGCCUUGAGCCUCGGACUCCUGGAUGUUCUCAAGCGACUAAACGGCCGACCACUCCGUGUGGCAACUGUAUGCUCAGGGACGGAGAGUCCCUUGUUAGCCAUCGAAAUGAUUCAGAAGGGCCUUGGCACAGAAGGCCAGCGAUUCCGGAUCGAGCACCUUUUUAGUUGCGAGAUCGUUCCGUUCAAGCAAGCCUACAUUGAACGGAACUUUGGGCCGCCUCUCCUUUUCCGGGAUAUCUGUGAACUGGGAGGCAAGAAGGCUCAAACGGCCUAUGGAUCGGAGGAAUUGAUCCCCACCGAUCCUGACGUCCUGAUCGCUGGGACCGCGUGCGUCGACUUCUCGAUGCUAAACAACAACAAGGCCGCCCAGAAAGAAAGCGGCGAGUCAAGCUCUACUUUCGGAGCCUUGUUGAAGUACGCAGAGAGAUACCGACCCCGACUGGUCAUUUGUGAGAACGUGAAGAUGGCUCCUUGGAAGGCCUUUACCGACGCAUGGUCAAAGGUUGGCUAUUCAGCGGCGGAAAUCAUCGUCGACACAAAGCAGUACUACAUUCCCCACACCAGGGAACGUGGUUACGUAAUUGCGAUCGACAACCGCCGUCUGGAGAUGCCCGACACUGAUCGUUCUGCGACGCUCUCCUUCGCAAUGGAUUUGGUGACCAAGUUUUCGCGCCCGUGCAGCUCUCCCACAAGUUCAUUCUUGUUGGGUGAAGAUGACCGGAGGUUGGAGCAGGUCUUAAAAGAUCUCUCCACUCGCUUGGAAACCACCUCGGCUCGCGCUGAGAUAUCCUGGGAAGCGUAUAAGAGACGGCAUGACGAACUUCGUCAGAGUCUCCCCGCAGGUGAUCAGCGACCUAUCAGUCGUUCGGUGGCUGGAGGAGUUACCUGUACUGGUCCAGAUUUUUACUGGCGCCAGUGGUUCGGAACUCAGGUGGAGAGAGUCUGGGAAACGCUAGAUAUCAAAUUCCAAGUCGGUCUCGACAACGGAUAUGAUUUCAAUUACAAAGAGCGUUACAUCGACUUGUCUCAAGGCGUUGACCGCGGCACAGAUGGCCCCCGAUUCGGUGUAACUAAUUGCCUCACCCCAUGUGGCGUGCAAUUUUCUACCAUUCGUGGUGGCCCUCUGACAGGACUUGAAGCUUUGUCACUCCAAGGUCUCCCGUUAGACCGUUUGAUUCUGUCCAAUGAAUCAACCCGAGAGCUUCAAGACCUCGCCGGCAAUGCUAUGACGACGACAACCGUCGGUGCAGUCAUACUCUCCGCUCUGAUUGCGGCUCCUUUCGUGUUGGAUAAUGAAGGCACAGGAAGCCUCAACCUGCAAGAAGGUGUUGGUUGUUCGACUACCACGCCUCCGUCCCCGUCCCUGUUCAAAGUUGAGACUGGUCACCGUCUCCUUGCUGCUGGAGUUGAAAUCGACCACCAUUGCCGGCAUGAUGGAACGGGCCAUUGGUCCACCAUUGUGGCGCAAUCGGUGCUUGCCUCCCGUUUCUGUUAUUGCGAAAAGCAGACUCGGGUUGUGAACCGUAUCCUCCGGUGUCAUCUCUGCGAACACACGGCUUGCAGUUCCUGUGCUGGAAAUCCCGAGCACGCUUACGAACCAAAGGUAAUUGUUGGACAACGGAUCCAACCAUUGGAUUUCCAGAGGAUGCUGAGAAGAACUCUUCCUAUGCGACUACGGUUUGCCGUUCCUGUUGCUGAGGUUCUUGGGCUCCUCCGUCGAGACCGUUUCUUGUCUCUUAGCGAUGCGACUUACGACGACACCUGGGAGCAGUACGUUUCUUCUGUUAAAAACGCCCUUCGCGAGGAGGUUCGUUUCACCGACAUCACUCGGACAGAGAUUUGGACUGUUUUCUUCGAAGGUGAAUCUGUGAGUCUCCGCCUGGAGAUCGAUAAGGACGGCUUCCAAUGGCUGUUAUUCGCCAAACCCCCUUCACGUUCUCCAGCACAGUGUGUGCUGAGAGAAAUACUUGCAAAGCCGAUUGCGAGAAUGCGACCCGAAAGUCCAGAAUGGCUGUUCCAAGGUGUUUGGGAAGUGCUGGAUCCCAUCAGCACUGAGUUUACUCUCCAAGUAAGCGGUUUAGGUAACCAGGUCCCUACAUACCUGAGUUCCUGCGGCUUGCUAGGACCCCGCCACGCCGAGCCUCGGAUUUGGACGCAUCUCAAAAUCGACUGCAAGCAAUCGGAUGCCGAUCAACUUGAUCGCGAUUUGCGCGGCACAUAUCAACACCUUCCUGACUGCGGGACUGCCGAAGGAUCUUUGUACAAGAAAGAUUGCCCGGAGGGUCAACCUCCCGUCUACUUGUUCUUCGAUCCCCGAAAGGCCGGUCGUAUCACGCACGAUGGGUUUGUGUUUUCCGUCGAGCACCGAAGGAAUCCUGGUUACGGAGUGCGAAGAACCAUUGCUGAGCUCCCGCCAUCUUGGCGGCCUGUGUCUGUACUGAAGACACAUCAAAACAUCUCUGCUUACUCACGGCGAUUCCAUCGAGUUCCCAGCUUCAGCUUGAGCACCAGUGGAGGUCAGCCAAUUACCUACCAUCACUUGGAUGCUGAAAACGAGCUGAUCCUUCGCGGCGAAGACUGUCGUGCAACCUACAUCCCCUUGGUUUCUCUCUCAGCAGAUGCUGCGACCUUGGGACUCUCCGAGCGUAGAUUGUCGUGGACAUCAACCAACCCAGAGAAGGACCCCAAUGCAUUCCGGGGAAUUGCUUGGGCGCUCCAGCGGGCCGGUGAUGCGUUUUCCUCUUAUAACAAAUGGAUGAGUCUUCGGCUUCCAGGUAUGAACGGUAUUUGUUCAACCUGCAAGCCUACUCAACCAUCCUUUAUAUGGCGUGUGGGCCAGAAAGGAAAAGUUUUUCCUUGUGAAGAUCCUCGGGAGGCGGCGACUUGGGCGCGUGCUGUGAAGUCAAAGCCACCACUCUUCUUGAUCUUCGAAAACGUGGAUGACAGUGGCAUGGGCGAGCUACAAAUCUCAGCCAAUCUGCAGUCGAUGGCGCAUUCUGCGCACGGACAACUCUUUGGCAUUGACCGUCUCAAUGGACUUAACUUUGAGUGGCGAUUGAUCCCCAAUGCGUAUGACAUGGGUAGACAGAAGCACGCUCUAUUUGAGAUACCGGACAACCAGAAUGACGCCAUGAUUCACCAGCCACCGAAUUUCCAAACCCUUCAGCUACGUAACGAACAGCUACGUUCGUUGGGCUGGAUGGUGGCGCAAGAAGCUGAUAAUAUCGAGCCAUUCAUGGAAGAGGAGACUGUGGAAGCUCCCUUGCCCAUGAUGGCCUGGCGAGCUGAUGUGAAGGCCUCAAUUCCAAGAACCGUCCGUGGAGGAUUGAUCGCCGAUGAAGUCGGGUUUGGAAAAACCGCCAUCAUACUCGGCUUGAUAGAUUCCCAGUAUGAGCGAGACAAAGCGAGGACUUUGAGUUCGGUGGAAAAGCUAUCGCAUGAUGGACUUCUAACCACCAAAGCAACUCUGAUUGUGGUUCCCAACAAUGUCUGCAAACAGUGGCAUAAUGAGAUCAACAAGUUCUUCGGCAACGGCGGUGGACGUGCCCAGCGAAGAUACAAAGUUAUGGUCAUUUCCACGAUAAAGCAGCUUGGCUCAAUCACCUUCGAGGAUAUUCAGAAAGCGGAUAUUGUUCUCGUCUCUUGGAAUGUUCUGAACAGCCAGAUUUAUUACCAAAAACUUCAAUUGUUCGUUGGAGCUGCACAGAUUCCCAACGCUGGUAAGGGAGGAAGAGCCUUUGAUCACUGGUUGGAGGCUGCGUUUACUUCUUUGGGAGAUAUGGUUGGCCUUCUCUCGAACGGAGGCCCCAGUUCUUACCUCGACGAAGCGGCGACACGACACGGGAAGAACGAGGCUAACUUGCACUGGAAGCCAUCUAAGCGACUGCGAGGCAAAGCGUUCCAGGAAGCCAACAAGGCCAAGAAUCAGGUCUUGCUAGAAAGCGAUGAAGAUGUGGAUGAUGAAGAACUGGAUGAUACCCCCGUGGCAGGCCCAUCUAAAGAGGGACAGGAUAUUGACGAUGCUGUCAAAAAGGCCAAGGAUACUGCCAUCAAUGAAAUCCGGAAUACUUUCAUGGUACCAGAUGACAGCAAGGGAUUCUGGAAAAUGAAGCACCCACUAUUGCACGCUUUCCACUUCAACAGACUCGUCAUCGACGAAUACACUUACGUGGGCGAGGACAAGCACCUUUCGAUGCAGGAAUUAUCUGCCCGUUCCAAGUGGAUACUCUCCGGUACUCCUGCCAUUAGAGACUUUGCAGACAUCAAGAGUAUCGCACGCUACUUGGGUCUCCACCUCGGAGUUGACGAUGAUAUGGACGUUCCUAGUAACAACGAGAGACUGAAGUUAACGAAACGAAACCAGACGAGUGUCGAGAAGUUCAUGGCAUACCAGGUACCUCACAGCAACGACUGGUACCAGAAUCGGUACAGACACGCCCAGCACUUCCUCGACCGAUUCGCCCGCCAAAACUUUGCUGAGAUCGGCAACAUCCCAGCCCAAGUGCACGCUACCCUGUCGACACAAUUUGAAAACGAGCGCAGCAGUUACAUUGGUCUUCGUGAUCGAUUGCAGAGCGAGGGCGGUAGAAUCCGAAGGAUUCAGAAAUCCGAAAAGGACCCUCAAGUCGAUCGCUGGAACGAUAUCCUUUCUUCAAGUCGCUCUCUUGCUGAAGUUUUGUUGAAAGCUUCCGUGACCAGCAAGCUGAACGACCACGCAUGGACUCAAGCAAAAUGCGCCACCCGGCUGAAAGCCUUAGAAAAGACAGAAUUGGAUCGCGAAAACAAGCUGAGGGUUCUUAUUCGACAGUUCUACUUCCUCAAGCUGCGAAAAGAUCCUCAUCACUCUGUUUGGGAUGAAUUCGUGGAAAAACUAUUGGAAAACCCACUCGGUGAUGAUGCGAUCACUGAUAAAAUCACUAUCAUGAUUUCCGAAGGCUGGGAAAACAACUUCGCGCCAGGGCCCGUUGAGGCCGCAUGCACAACCCGACUCAACAAGGCAACCAAGCAGGUGGAAGUUAAACCUCGAAAGAAGUCUACUAUUGUGCUAGUGACGGUUGGUGAGAGUGUUGGUGUGACUCCUGAUGCGACUUUGAAUGAAAGCCCAGAUGAAGCAGUUGAUGAAACUAUUAACGACGAUACCGAAAUUCCUUCGGAUGAUGAUGACGAUGCUGUGGAAACCCCAUCCGGCUCCUCGAAGCGAACAAAAUCUCAGAAGCAAUCCCUGCCUCUAAAGCGAGCCCGAGGACAACCCGAGGCAUCAGGAUCCAAGGAUCCAGACGACAAGGCCAGCAAGAUCGAGGAUGCCAUGGCAACGGCAUUGCAAAAAGACUUCCUCGACGCCAUCCGCAACAUCGUCAAAUGCAAACGUGAUAUUCGCUUUAACGAAACAAUGAUCUUCAUGCAAAGCGAAGAGGUCCCAGAAUGCUCGUCUUGCCACUGCACACCCGACAGCGCCUACUUCCUCUCUGUGCUCCAAUCCUGCGGACACAUUUUCUGUUCAACAUGCAUGGAAAAGACCGUUAGUUUUGGAAGAUGCUCGAUCGAAGGAUGCAACGCAUCCGCUGCUAAUAGCAAGUGGGUUAGAGGACAAGAAUUGGACAGCUCAACCAUCAUAUCGGAAAGCAGCAAGCUCAUGCGCUUCAUUGAGUUGAUUCGCGAAAUCCCAGACGACGAACAGGUCAUCGCGUUCGCACAAUACGCCGAAAUCAUCACGCUUCUCGAACGUGCCCUUGAACUGGCUAGAAUCAGCCACCGCGUUGCACGCAAUGCAUCCGUUAAGGGAAUCCUCGACUUUGUCAAUGAUCCUAAGCCGGCGUCUUCCAGGGGAAAUGGAAAGGGAAAGGGCCGUGCUACAUCAAAGGAACAGGAAGAGACGGAGCUUGAACAGGAUGAACAGGGGGCGCUCAUCUCGAAGCGUCCGAAGGUUUUGGUUCUGCCUCUCGGAGGUGCAAUGGCUGCAGGCUUGAACCUGCAAUGUGCCAACCACAUUGUUUUCGUCUCGCCCCUACAUACUAUGUCACAGCACGAGUACGACGCCGGCAUGAAACAAGCCAUCGGGCGAGCACGCCGCUAUGGACAGAAUAAGACUGUCAAUAUCUACCACAUGCUUGUGGAGAACACCGCCGAAAUCAAUGUUGUCGAGGAACGGCGGAAAGAGACUCUCGUCCGUCGAUUCGGCUGGCCACUCCUCCUGGCCGAAUCAGACGAGAGGUUUGAGUCCGAUGAGCGUCUUGCUGGGGAGGAUAUCGAAUUUUAUGCGGAUGACGAUAUUAAUGAUAUUGAUGAUAUUUAG